AUGGCUCCAAUGAGUCUCCCACCUGGGUUUAGGUUCCACCCCACUGAUGAAGAGCUUGUUGCUUACUACUUGGAAAGGAAAAUAACAGGUCGCGCGAUAGAGCUUGACAUCAUUGCUGAAGUUGAUUUAUACAAGUGCGAACCUUGGGAUUUGCCAGAUAAAUCAUUCCUUCCAAGCAAGGACAGGGAGUGGUACUUUUACAGUCCUAGAGACAGGAAGUACCCAAAUGGGUCAAGAACUAACCGUGCAACACAAGCUGGAUACUGGAAAGCUACAGGGAAAGAUAGACCAGUGCACUCUCAAAAGAAGCCAGUUGGCAUGAAGAAGACAUUGGUAUAUUAUAGAGGUCGAGCACCACAUGGCAUUAGAACAAACUGGGUUAUGCAUGAAUACCGCUUGAUCGAAUCAGUGCCUGGUGUUGCUCUUUCAUCUUUGAAGGAUUCCUAUUCGUUGUGUCGCAUUUUCCAGAAGACGAUUCAAAUUCCUGCCAAACCUAAUAAAGAAGAAGAACAAGCCGAGGAUGGAAAGAAGGAGUCAAUGUGGAUCUCAGAAGAACAAAUGUUAGGGGAAGACUCGAGUGGCACUGAGAUUUCUAGAGAAAUGGAAAUUGUGGAGGACAAAAUUCUCAACCAUGAAUACCCUAAAUUUCCUUGUGACGCUUCUUCCUCAGAUCUCACUCAGGGAACAUGCACACCCACAGACACUGGUAUAGCAGAAGAUUUCCAACCUCAAUUUGCUUGUGAUGAAGCAAACAGUGCAACUAAUUCAUAUACAAUGGGAAUAGGAUACCCCACAAAUCUAUUUCAGGAUGUGGAAAUACCUUCCUAUGCUGGCAUGCAUUAUCAACUCCCAUAUACACCUUUGGUGCUGGAAGAUUUCCCUCAAAUAACUUUACCUGAGACAAAGUCAACGAAGCCAGAAAUAACUGAUGACUGCAUGUUAUACGACAGAUACAGGGACUGUAUGAAUGGAACACUAGAAGAGAUCAUCGCUUUGUGUUGCACUCAAGAUAAUUCCGUCCCUUUUCCCAUGCUAGAAUGA